AUGUCCAUAAUUUCUCGUUGUUCGCUGACAUUCUCAUCUUUGAAAGGUCAACAUUUAUUGAUCAAUGCAACAAGAAGAACAUUAUUUGGACGUAGUACAAAAAAGACUACAGCCGAUGAUUUUGAUGAAGGUGAGACUUCAACGGUAUCUCCAUCAGCACAAAUUUCCGAUGAAAUACCAACCACAUUACCAACAAUGACAGAAUUAGCUAAAUUCAAAACUCGACAAUAUGUUUCUCGCCUUGUUACAUGUCGUCCUUAUUCUCCGCCAAAAGAUGUUGAACAGAUCAUUUAUCGUCUAGCUAAUGAAACAGUUGAUAAUUUUAAAAAUGAAGAAAAACAAUAUGAUAGUUGGUUUAACAUACCAUUAAGAAAUCCAUUAAACAAAUAUCAUUUAUUAACUAAAUGUAUGAAAGAACUUCAGCAUAUAAUACCAAAUAUGACAUUAAAUGAUUUAAAUAUAUUAAAAGAUGUUAUCAAUUAUUUUUCUACAGAAGUUAAAGACACAAAUGUCUUAGAAGAUUUACAACGUUCACCGGAUUUACCAAAAAACAUUCAUGUACAAUUGGAUCCUGUGCGUUUUACGCCAGAGACUUCAGCUUUCUUCAAUGGACGUGAUGCAUUUCCAAAACGUUCAACGAAAGUCAUUGAUUUAUGGUACAAAAAGAAAUAUCCAUCGUUUCCUAAAAAUCAAGAUGAUCCAUUUAUUGAUAACAUUUAUUAA